GCAUUUUCAACUCAGGUAAGCAGCAAGCAGCUCCUUCUCCAGUGGAUGUUGAGAAUAGUCCAUCUAGCAUCUUUUAACUGAUUUCUAAAUUACACCUUGGAGGUGGCUUUUUUUAAUGCAGUAGUGUCAUUAGCUGGCUGAAGACUAAACAUGAGAAUAGCAGGUGCUGCAAAGUUGGUAGUAGUCGUAGCAAUAUUUUUAUUGACGUUUUAUGUCAUAUCUCAAGUUUUUGAAAUAAAAAUGGAUGCAAACUUAGGACAUAUAUUUGCUAGAUCAGCAUUGGAUGCAGCUGCACGCUCUACAAAGCCUCCAAGAUACAAAUGUGGGAUUUCUAAAGCUUGUCCUGAAAAGCACUUUGCAUUCAAAAUGGCAAGUGGAGCAGCAAAUGUGGUUGGGCCUAAAAUUUGUGUAGAAGAUAAUGUUUUAAUGAGUGGGGUUAAAAACAAUGUUGGCAGAGGAAUAAAUGUGGCCUUGGUCAAUGGUAAAACAGGAGAACCAAUAGACACCAAAUUCUUUGACAUGUGGGGAGGAGAUGUGGCACCAUUUAUUGAGUUCUUGAAGUCCAUUCAGGAUGGAACCAUAGUGUUAAUGGGAACAUAUGAUGAUGGUGCAACCAAGCUUAAUGAGGAAGCACGGAAGCUGAUUGCUGAAUUGGGAAGCACAUCCAUUACUAACCUUGGCUUUAGAGACAACUGGGUCUUCUGUGGUGGAAAAGGAAUUAAGACUAAAAGUCCAUUUGAACAGCAUAUAAAGAACAACAAGGACACAAACAAAUACGAAGGCUGGCCAGAAGUUGUUGAGAUGGAAGGCUGCAUCCCUCAGAAGCAAGACUAAAACAAAACAAAAGGAAAGAAUGUGGAAGAAAAUGCACUUUCUGCUAUUAAUAAGAGAGGGCUAUGAAGGAAACUGUACUGUAAAUAGUAUUUUUAAGGCAUGCAACCAUCCUGUCGGUGUGUGCAUGAGCACUGACAUUUUGAAUAUUAGGAUUAUUUAUUGCUAAUACACAUAGCAAUCCUUUUUGUAAAUAUGUCCAAAAAAAAAAAAAAAAAGAAACAUCAAAUCAUUUCUAAGCAGGUUUCCUAAAGCACAGCAUUUAGUUUGCCUAAAGUAAAUAAUAUCUCUUAGAUCAACUGGCUAAUAAAUUCCAUAUACCAAUGAUAAACAAAUAGAUUCUUAAAGAUGUUGUACUGUUCUCUAACAGCGUAAUGUUGCUGUGAGUAUGUAACCUUUGUGGAAUAUGUAGAUUUUAGUGAUAAGUUAAAAAAGAGCUUUAAUUUUUUUUUAUCCUCUGCCUCUUUAAAUGGCAGAAUCACUUUUUAUUAAAGCUAUUUGGUUAUUCUAAUACCAGGUGCUCCAGAAAUUUAUUUUGCAGUCCCCCACCAAAACCUAGUAAUCAAUAAAGCAAGAAUACAUGAUACAGAAAUACAGGUCUGCCAUGAGAAGCACAAUAUAAAUUAUUUUUCUUAGGAAAAGAACAAAAGUAAAUAUAUAAAUAGUGUACAUGAUAUUUAAGAACAGAUUGAAAGGAUUUGUGUUUAAGUUGGAAAUAGUGUUUAUUUCAUAGAAGAUACCUGGCGUGUUAAGCAACAGUACUAUGGCUAUCUUGUACAGUUUUUGUACUGCUGCCUAACCCUCAAUUCUAUCUACUGCUGGUCAGCAAUGCUGGCUAGUCGAAUAAUAAACAUGCAUAAUGGAAUGCCUUCCUGUUUUAAUUCUAGCACCAGGAAUAAAUUUCCCAUUGCAAAGAGCAUAUUGGAAAGCAGGCUGUCUUCUAGUAACAGUUGAUUAAGGUUAUUUAAUUAACAGCUUCACCACUUGUGUUACAUCUGAUAUGAACUGAGUUUGUAUUUACAGUGAGAUGUUGGAGAAAGCAUUAUAUCUUAGGUUAUGUAUUGUAUGACAUUCAAACUUGACUGAUGUUAUCUUCAGCAUUUUCUUUAAUGGAAAAAAAUGGACCAAGUUGAAGUGGCCUUAGCUCUGGUACAAGCUAAAGAAUACCAGAAAAUUGAAUCCUUUCUACAGAAACUGCUGUUUGUUUUAGUAGGGCCAGCUUGAAUUUUUGCUGAAACUAAAUUAGCAUGAUGUAAUUGACAGUGUUGUUAUUCACUGAGAAAGAACUGACACAGAAUUUGGUGUAAUCUGUUGGGUCAUUGUUUAUGUGGUGAGUUUUGGUAAAAUUUCCAAAAGUGUUUACCAAGUACCGGAGAAUGAAAGAAAAAAGGAUUUUUCAGGAAUCAAUGUGAAUUGAAAACAGUGCCACUCCAAAAUACUAUUAUCAUCAAUGUCUUCUGUGACAAAUUUGCACUAAAAAUUUCAAGCAAUAUUGGGAAUAAUUAUUUUGUCACAUAAUUCAAAAAAAUAACCUGUGACAUCAGAGUGAGAUUGGAUUUUGAGUUGUUUUCUAUGAUUAACUAGCUUGUUAAAUAAUGGUUUUCCCUCAACUUUAAUGUAGAACAGCAAUAAAUGCACCUUAUACAGUGAAA